AUGGGUUUCUAUUACUUUCAGAUACCAGAUGAUCAUGGAAAAACAAAACAACUUUUUAUCAUGAAACCUUCACCCAACUCUCAUAGUCCUGAUUGUGAUCCAAUCUUACAUGAGAGUAUAUUCGGCAGCCAUACACUGCUAACGGUGUCAGUUCCUGUCCAAUCCAACGUGUUUUGUACCGAGAAGUACAGAGGUCAUACAGAGAUUUUCUCCACGCAGAUGUGUGCAGGGGGUGAGCCGGGGAAGGAUUCUUGCAGCGGGGACUCUGGGGGUCCACUCAUGAAGCCCUUCUCCAUCAACACCUCCACGAGGUAUUUCCUCAUCGGCAUCGUCUCCGUUGGGCCCAAGAAAUGUGGCGUAGACCCAAUACCUGGCAUUUAUACAUCAGUCGCCAAAUACAUCACAUGGAUCCUUGAUAAUGUAUACGAAUAGUAGAAAAUCUCUUCAGUUGAA